CUGGGUGGGAGAAAUGAAAUCUGAUUUGCAACAGCCAUGCUUUGUUUUGAGAAAAUUAUCAGAUUCACUGAGAAGGAAAAUUAAAUAUUGACCAAGGACAAUGUCUUUAUUACUCAGUAACUUAUCAACAAUUGACUCUAGCCUGUGGAAAGGAAAUCAUAAUUCUACGGACCUUUUAAAUCCACCAGGAACUCUGAAUAUCUAUCUUUUUUGCCUGACAUGUUUAAUUACUCUUGCAGCCCUGGCGGGCAGCAUUUAUUCACUAGUUUCCUUGCUGAGGAUGCAGAACAGAACUGUCGUGUCCAUGCUUGUGGCUUCCUGGUCUGUGGAUGAUCUCAUGAGCGUCCUGUCGGUGACCAUCUUCAUGUUUUUGCAGUGGCCAAAAGAGAUCCCUGGCUACUUCCAGUCUCUGUGCACCACCUCUGCCUUACUGUAUUUAUGCCAGGGUCUCUCCAGCAACUUGAAAGCGACUCUCCUAGUCUCCUACAACUUUUACACGAUGCACAGAGCUGUGGGGAGCCAGAUAGCCUCCAGAAGAUCGGGCCAGGUGCUCGGCGUGGCGCUGACCGUGUGGGCAGCCAGUCUGCUGCUCUCUGCGCUCCCGCUGUGCGGCUGGGGCGCCUUCGUGCGCACGCCCUGGGGCUGCCUGGCAGACUGCUCCAGCUCCUACGUGCUCUUCCUCUUCGCGGUGUACGCUUCGGCCUUCGCGCUCCUCGCGGGCUUCUCCGUUCCUCUCAUUCACCGGUUGCUGUGUUCGGAGGAACCGCUGAGACUCCACGCCAACUACCAGGAAAUUUCCCGUGGAGCGUCCACUCCCGGGACUCCUCCUACGGGGGGGAGAGCGCUUUCCCUGUCACCAGAGGAUGCCCCGGGCUCGGCCCCGCGGCGCUCUGGGGGAUGUUCCCCGAGCUCCGAUUCUGUGUUCGGACCGGGUGUGCCUGCUGCCGCAGGAGCUGGAGUCAGCAGGCGUGAGAACCGGGGGACUCUCUAUGGCACCAGGAGCUUCACCAUAAGUGUGGCGCAGAAGCGCUUCUCUUUGAUCCUAGCGCUGACAAAAGUCAUCCUUUGGCUGCCUAUGAUGAUCCACAUGGUGGUCCAGCACGUAGUGAGAUCUCAGAGCCUUCCCUUCGAGACACUCAGCUUUCUACUCACCCUGCUGGCCACCACUGUAACCCCAGUGUUUGUCUUGUCCAACCGCUGGACCCACUUGCCCUGUGGCUGCAUCAUCAACUGCAGGCAGAACGCAUACCCAGUGGCAUCCGAUGGGAAAAAAACCAAGAGGAGAGGCUUUGAAUUCAAUCUAUCAUUCCAACAAAGUUAUGGGAUUUAUAAAAUAGCACAUGAAGAUUACUAUGAUGAUGAUGAAAAUUCCAUAUCCUAUCACAACCUGAUGAAUUAUGAGUGUGAAGCUACAAAAGAUUCUCAGAGAAACAACCGUAAUGUCUUCAAUGCCAUAAAAGUAGAAAUCAGCACCACCCCCUCUUUGGACAGCUCCACAAUAAAAGGGAUCAACAAAUGCACGAAUACUGAUAUUACAGAGACUAAUCAGGAUUCUGACAAAGAAAGGGGUGUGUUUUCUGACAAAACAAGAGGUGAUAUUAACUAUGAAGAAACCACCUUUUUUGAAGGGCCAGAAAGGAGACUGUCUCAUGAGGAGAGUCAGAAACCAGACCUUUCAGACUGGGAGUGGUGUAGAAGUAAAUCAGAAAGAACCCCACGUCAGCGUUCCGGUGGUGCCCUUGCCAUUCCCCUGUGUGCAUUCCAGGGGACUGUGUCUCUCCAUGCACCUACAGGAAAAACCCUAUCUCUUUCUACCUACGAGGUAAGCGCAGAAGGGCAAAAAAUAACCCCAGCCUCUAAGAAAAUAGAAGUCUAUCGAUCCAAAAGUGUUGGCCAUGAACCAAACUCAGAGGAUUCUCCCUCCACGUUUGCGGAUACCAGUGUGAAAAUACACUUGGAGGUUCUUGAAAUUUGUGAUAAUGAAGAGGCCUUGGACACUGUAUCGAUCAUUAGUAACAUCAGCCAAUCCUCCACACAAGUCAGAUCUCCGUCCCUACGCUACUCACGGAAAGAAAACAGAUUUGUUUCAUGUGAUCUAGGAGAAACAGCCUCAUACUCCCUCUUUUUACCCACAAGUAAUCCUGAUGGUGAUAUCAACAUCUCUAUUCCAGACACUGUUGAAGCGCACAGGCAGAACAGUAAAAGGCAGCAUCAAGAGAGGGAAGGCUACCAAGAGGAAAUCCAGUUGUUAAAUAAAGCUUACAGGAAAAGAGAGGAAGAAAGCAAGGGGAGUUAGUGAUCAUUUGGUCUAAAGAAAGA